UGAAUUUGACGUUAAAAUUCCUAUUUAAAAAACACAUUUUUAGAUAAAUUUAAAGUAUAUAAACUAGUUUUCGUUCCAAUUUUAUCAAGUUAACAAAAUGAAUACACAACUAAUUUUAUUGGCAGCUCUUCUAGCAGUUACUCUGGCAUACAGCCCAGAGAUCAAGAAGAUCGUAGGAGGUAAAAGCGGUUAUGGUACUACAACCCGUUACUGGGAUUGUUGCAAACCAUCAUGUGCCUGGAAAGAAAAUAUCAAAACACCAGACAUGAAGCCAAUUGCUACUUGCGCUAAAGAUGGUGUAACCGUUGUCAAUGCAUCUGUUCAGUCAGGAUGUAUCGGUGGAACGUCUUAUAUGUGCAAUAAUCAACAACCCUUCGUUGUAAAUGAAACUCUUGGAUAUGGUUUUGCGGCAGUUUCUUUCUCCGGUGGCGUUGAUAACAACUUGUGUUGCUCUUGUUAUUUGCUCACCUUCCAAGAUCAAAUACCCAACAAAAAGCUGAUUUUGCAGUUUACAAACACUGGUGGAGACCUUGGUUCAAACCAAUUUGACAUUGCCCUUCCUGGAGGUGGCGUUGGAGCAUUCAAUCAAGGAUGUCACGACCAAUGGAAUGCUCCAUGGACUGGCUGGGGGCAGCAAUAUGGAGGAAUUUCAUCAAGAGAAGAAUGUCUUUCGCUCCUUCCUAAAGAAUUGCAAUCUGGAUGUCUCUUCCGAUUUGACUUUAUGCAAAAUGCUAACAAUCCUCAAAUGUAUUUCGAACAAGUUGAAUGUCCUGCCGAACUCGUCAAAAUUAGUGGAUGCACUCUUCCUCUUUAAAUACUUAUUUUUUAAUUUUUUAUAAUAAAUAUCUUAAACCUC